UGUGCGUGUGCGUAGGACGGAAGGCAUUGGCUGGUGAGGUCAUACUUCCCGCAAGUGCCGAUCUUCACGGAAGUCAUCGAAAGCUCUGCUCUGUGCCAGUUGACCGCUGCCGCUACCUCUGGAUCAUGUCUGCGUGCAGCCGCAGCAGCGCGUGUGCUGCGCCCAGAGUCCCCUUCCAUCAUCCAUGUAGUGUCCAUAUUCCACGGCCUGGGAAGUCCCCUUCUCGAUCGAAUCCAUCCCGCCCUCCCUCAUGCCAUUAAAGAUACCCUGGCCUGCUGUUGCUUCUGCUACACGCGACCCUACUCACCCGACAACCACAUCAGACACAGCUGUGUUAUUUGUCCCGCGCCACCCUACCCAGACUGCUCCACGGCCGCUGUCGAUUUCCGCUUCUUCGUCGCAUCGUAAACACAGUCCCAGUCAUCCAAGACCAUUUCUCAACCGCUUUACAGAACAGACUUGCAAAGACUCAUCAUCACCGAAGAACUGCUUACGCUGCUACACACAGAUAAGUGUGGAUCCUCGGCGCAUUUAAACAAAUCGACGUCAACUACAUUCCAUUCGAACUUCGGAGAAUUCCCUUACCAAAACAAAACCUACCUAUCGUAAUCACCAGUCCACCAGGCUGCUCGUCACAAUGGAAUCAAUGUUGCAAGUCCUCGUCCGGGGCCUCCAGCUCCUUUGGGUCCUGCUGGUUACCGCAUUGAUCGGCAAUGUCAUUGCUCUCAACAUCAACGGCGCCGGCUCCGCAAUGGCUGCCAUCAACUUCUCCAUGUUCGUCGCGGUCGUCUGCUGGCUUGCCUCUCUGUACGGCCUGGCCGCCGUCUUUGUCUCGGCCAUUUCCAUCCCCAUCGUGUUGCUGGCCCUUGACGGCGCUGCUGUCCUCUUCACCUUCAUAGACGCCAUCGUCUUAUCGGCCAAGCUCCGCGUCGUCAACUGCGGGUCGCUGGACAGGGGCGACUUGCCGGGCGACUACAUAGUCUGGGGCUCUGCCGACAAUGAGAAGCGCUGCCGCGAGAUCCAGGCCAGCACAGUCUUCAUGUGGUUCCUGUUCGCCAGCUUCUGCGCAGGCGCGUUCUUCACGUUUAUGAACUUCCGUCGCGGCGGCGGCUCUGUACGCAGUUCUCGACCCAGCAUGGCGCAGGUCGGCGUCUAAAGCUAAAGCGCUUGACAUCUCGCCCUUUGGUGGCUACGACGGACGUUGCCACGUUACAACGCAAUCCGUUCGGCGUCCCUAACAGAUGCCGCAACUGGGGCUUGACACGGCUUUCUUACCAUUUUUUCGGAUGGCUCGUU